AUGUGCGAGGAAGAAUUUAGGAACACACAUAAGCGAACGCCGGACGGACGAUUCGUGGUACGUCUGCCUUUUCGGGAGGAUCCUAGUUGCUUGGGAGAAUCACGAAGAGCGGCGCUGAAGCGUUUACAGUCAGUCUAUCGAAGGCUGGAUCGUGAUGCAAUCCUGAAGAGGCAAUACAUUGAAGUAAUGGAGGAUUAUUUAAGGUCGGGACAUAUGAUUCAAAUUAACGAGAAGAUAUCGGCAUCAGAGGAACCCGUGUAUUACUUGCCUCACCAUGCAGUCGUUAAGGAGGAAAGAGAGACGACAAAGCUCAGAGUAGUCUUUGAUGCGUCGUGCAGAUCAUCAUCUGGCAAGUCACUCAACGAUGUAGUGAGAGUUGGACCAACUAUUCAACCAGAAUUAUUUGAGGUGGUUCUACGUUUCCGACAGCAUCGAUACGUACUGACGGGGGACAUCGAGCGAAUGUAUAGACAAAUAUACAUUGACCCUCAGCAGCGAAAUUUGCAACGUAUUUUAUGGAAAGCAGAUUCGACAUCACCGGAGGCAUUCGUAUUAAACACGGUAACAUUUGGCGUUGCAACAGCUCCAUUUCUGGCCGUAAGGUGUCUGCAUCAAUUAGCGUGCGAGUGUCAGUCGGAAAGUCCAAGGACAAGUGAAGUCAUAUUAAAAGAUUUUUACAUGGACGACCUAAUUACCGGGACGGAUGAUGCAGAAGAACUGAAGAAAAUCAAGAAUGAGGUUAGUCGGAUACUCGCUGCAGAUGGAUUUCCAAUUUCCAAUAAAUGGAAAUCAAAUUUGCCUGAACUGGUCGAGGACCGUGGUGAGUCAGAAUAA